UUUUGCGAUUCCUCCAACCCGCCUGAAACACCACCAGUUGAGGUCUCAUAUUUGUGACAGCUUUGCUCUUUCGAGCCAGGGUCUUCCCUCAACUGUUCGUGCUUGGCCUUACUUCACCCUCCCACUUCGAUACCCAAUCUCGACAUCGUCAUGGAUGCGCUUGCCCGCUCAUCGUCUCGCCCACGGCCCUCUUCCAGACCCACGACCCCCCUGAGACCCAGUUCCCGGUCGUCAAUCCGCGAGGCCCAUGGAUAUGGCAACAUCGGGAUGGGAGGCUAUACCCAGCCUGCCAUCAAUGCGCUGGAACCUCAGUUCGCAGAGCUUGCGGACUCCAUGGCCGAUCUCGAGGCGAACUUUAUGCACCUUCAAUUGAUGCAUGAGAGCUUGACGCGGUUCAGUGAGAGCUUUGCCAGUUUUCUAUAUGGGUUGAACAUGAACGCGUUCUGCGUGGACUUUCCGGAGGCUCCGAUUCCCGAGUCAUUUCGAAGAGCAAAGCAAGCAGAGACACAGAAUGAGGCUGAAGCGGAACAAAUACGACCAACAACCGACGCUGAUGCGACAUUCAUGACUACGGACACUUCCUUUAUUGAGCAUCCUUCCGCCAUAGUCUCCUCAAAACCUACAGCCAGGAUCCCGGCUCCUUCGCGUGGCACCACAAGAGGAUCAACGCGUGGCUCGACGAGUGGUCGCUAUACGACAAGAGGCACCAAUCGCGCUCGCCCAAGCGCAUUGCCCCGAGGAAGGGGGUUGCGAUGAAGGCAGGAACCGGGAACCUAAAGUUUAUUGGUAGGGUGCAGGCAUGCGGAGGCACAAAGACUUGCGCGUAGGGAACGGUUUGCUAUUGGCAACCCGCAGAGAAACCUUACAGUCAAGAACGCGCCCCGGAACCUCGCAAGGAACGUUGUUUCUGAUAGGAGAAGCUAAUGAUGGUUGCAUUUCAGUGACACAAAGCCUGCCGAGCGACAUGCACGACUUCAGCGGCACGGGUCCUUCUGUGCGAUGGAACACCUACCUAUCCUGAAGUUGUAGACUUAAUUUGCCGAUAGGCUGGGAAAUUUCCCUCCUGGGUUGAAGCCAGGAACUAUAUUCAGAGCCCGAGAAAUGGCCUGAAUGAAGGGUGGCAGCAUUAAGUGAUGAUAGAAGUAUAGAAUGCAAGCGUUGGGCCGUUGUGGCCUUGUGGCCUGG